CAGUGAGCCAAGGGUGCGCCACUGCACUCCAGCCUAGGUGACAGAACAAGACCCUGUCUCAAGAAAUAAAUUUUAAAAAUUAAUUUAUAAACAUUAAUUUGAGCAAUAUCUUUUUCAAAAAGGAAGUUCAUGGUGUAGUGAGAGUGUUUAGCAGUUGACAUGCCAGUCAUGCCACUUACGUCAAUGUAGGUGCCUCCGGAGUAGGCACCGUCAGGAAACUGAGCGACUGGGUGGUAGAUGAGAAUGGUCACUGACCGGACAUUGAAGCUCAAUUUGCAUAUCAAGAGAGGAAGCAAGUAUUGGCUUUAUUUUUCUUGUUAAAGUAAUUCAUACUUGAAAGAAUUGAAACUGAAACUGUGUCCUAGGGAGGGUGUUGGUCUGACUUUGCCAGUCCAGCUGCUCUCUGAUAACCACUCUAAUGUUAGCUUUGAUCUGGCCUUUUCUCUAUUCUGAAACUCUGAAUCAGAGAAAUUUAGCAGUAGAAGGAAGUGAAGAAAUCAAGUCACAGUUGUUAAGCUAAAAUAAUUUAAAAGGUCAAAAUUGAGUUUAAAGAGAGUUUAAGUGUAAAGGUUGAGGACAGGCCACCUGGGAAAGGACAGAUUUAAAAGCAUGGAAGUCAGUGCUCUUAGGUAUAGACAUUUGGGAUUGUUUAUAGAGACAAAAUUCUAUAACAGAAUUUUAAUAUCUUAAUGUAAGGCUUAAUGUACAGUUAUAAUGAUCUGAUUAGUCAAGGUGUCUUUUUUAGGGGAGAAAGAGUGUAACUGUCAUGAGAUCCCUGUUUGGGGCACCAUCUGGUCUGAGUUCCAUACAGGACAAUAAAAGAGGCAGUUAAUCUGUAAUAAAGAUCAGCAGUUAGAAGGAGGAGAUCUGGUCUCUUUUAAAAAAAAGACUUAGUCUUUUCUUAGUUGUUUAUAGAACAAGAACAAUCAGGAAGAGUUAAGCUAAAAAUCUAAGAAACAGAAUUGUAAACCUGUUACGUGACCCAGAUCAUAGUCACAUCUCUCUCAAGGCUUAAGGCGUUUUAGAGGUUCUAACAACUUUUAAAUUUUAUUUACUUUUACACAGUUGUUGUGACAAUUGGAACUAAAAUUCAGGGCUCUUCAUGUCCAAGCAACAACUGCUUGGGCUUCAGUUUACAGCCUGUAUGGUUGGACAGAAUCAGCAGCACUGUUUAGUUCCGGAUAAUCACUGACUGAACAACAAAAGUUGGAGAACAGAAGUCCUCGAUUUUGGAAUUCAUUUUCAGGACUGAGGUGUAUUAUAAGACUUUGACACUUCCUGUUUUGUCUGAAAAAAAUGUGAAUUACCUGUGAUAUUUGGACUCCAGUGUGAUUGGGCUAUCUCCCCUCAUACCUAUAGAAUUGGGUACUACCAUUUUUCUCUAGAGUAUGGGAAGGAAAGUUUCUUAUCCUCCCUUUUCUCUUCAUAAGGAAAUGCAGCAUCAGAGUGAUUCUAUAUUCCAAGCAGUUCAAAGAAUUCUGAACCAUAAGCUGAGCUUAGUUUCAGACCUGGAAUGGCCAAAUAUCAAGGUGAAGUUCAAAGUUUGAAACUGGAUGAUGAUUCAGUUAUAGAAGGAGUAAGCGACCAAGUACUUGUGGCAGUUGUGGUCAGUUUCGCUUUGAUUGCUACCCUGGUAUAUGCACUUUUCAGAAAUGUACAUCAAAACAUUCACCCAGAAAACCAGGAGCUAGUAAGGGUACUUCGAGAACAGCUUCAAACAGAACAGGAUGCACCUGCUGCUGCUCGACAGCAGUUCUACACCGACAUGUACUGUCCCAUCUGCCUGCACCAAGCCUCCUUCCCGGUGGAGACCAACUGUGGACAUCUUUUUUGUGGUGCCUGCAUUAUUGCUUACUGGCGAUAUGGUUCAUGGCUUGGGGCAAUCAGUUGUCCAAUCUGUAGACAAACGGUAACCUUACUCCUAACGGUAUUUGGUGAAGACGAUCAGUCUCAGGAUGUUGUGAGAUUGCAUCAGGAUAUUAAUGAUUAUAACCGGAGAUUCUCAGGGCAACCCAGAUCUAUUAUGGAGAGAAUUAUGGAUCUACCCACUUUACUGAGGCAUGCAUUCAGGGAAAUGUUUUCAGUCGGGGGCCUUUUCUGGAUGUUUCGCAUCAGGAUAAUACUUUGUUUAAUGGGAGCUUUUUUCUAUCUUAUAUCUCCUCUAGAUUUUGUACCUGAAGCCUUGUUUGGAAUCCUAGGCUUCCUAGAUGAUUUCUUUGUCAUCUUUUUAUUGCUUAUCUACAUCUCUAUUAUGUAUCGAGAAGUGAUAACCCAAAGGCUAACCAGAUGAAAAAAAAAAAAAAACAAAAAACUGAGUUUACUAGAAUAUCUGAGCUAACGUAGAACAUCAAACAGAAGGACCCAUGGCAGUAUAAAGCAAUGAAGUAAUGGAGUAUUAUCUCACAAAUAUAAAACCACUAUAAGACAAACAUUUGAUUAUCAUUUGACAAAUGCCUAGGAAUAUAUAACUGGAAUUUUCACACAUUGCAAGUUCUAAUACUAAGUUUAGAAUUAUAAUGAUCUACAAUUGUAUCUUGAUUCUAUGUUGUCUGGAAAAAAUAAGGAAUUAUAUAAAAAGGGAUGCUUUUAUAUAUUUUUCUUUUCCCCAGAAUUACUUAGAUUAAUUGGAUGUAUAGUAAAAUAUUGUUAAAUGUCAGUUUAUCCACCUUAUCCUUCUCAGUGGGUACCUAUAUGAUAAUAUAUAGCUGUGAAACUCAUCUAAAUAUUUUUGUUACAAUAAAAUAUUAUAUACUAUUGGGGAAAAUUCAGUAUUUCUUUUAGUGCUAGCUAAGUUUUGUGCAUUUGGAGCAGUUCUGCUUUUUCAUUCUGGUAUAAUUAUUUGUUAUCAGCUGAAACUGAAAGAAGAAACUUGAACUUCAUACUUCAAUAUCAUAUUUUAGUUUACAGAACAUAUUUUAAUCAAUAGAAGAAUUAAGAUGAAAAACAUGGCCGGGCGGGGUGUUUCACACCUGUAAUCCCAGCAGUUUGGGAGGCCGAGGCAGGUGGAUCAUGAGGUCAGGAGAUUGAGACCAUCCUGGCUAACACAGUGAAACCCCGUCUCUACUAAAAACACAAAAAAUUAGCAGGGCGUGGUGGCCGGCGCCUGUAGUCCCAGCUACUCAGGAGACUGAGGCAGAAGAAUGGCAUGAACCUGGGAGGCGGAGCUUGCAGUGAGCCGAGAUUGCAGCACUGCACUCCAGCCUGGGCGGCAGGGUGAGACUCCAUCUUAGGAAAAAAAAAAAAAAAAAAAAAGAUGAAAAACAUUUAUCUCCAGUCAGCACACUUGAUGUUCACAGUUAGACAUUUAAACAAGAGCUCAUCCUUUCAUAGUAGAUAUAAAAGUAAUUUGUAAAGGGAAGAUUGUUUUAGGAACCUGGGCGAUGCUGCAAACAGAGUAGCCUGAUGCAUUUCUGAGGAAGGUGGAUGGGAUCUUCGUGUCUUUGAGCAUCAAGCCCAUAGGAAGGUACUGGGAACAGUAUCUACAUUUGACAAAAGAAAUUACUGGUUAGCUAUAGCAACAGAUUGGACAAACUUGGUUAGUUUUCUGUUGUCAGAAAUUUUUAUAGUAUUGUCUCAGGAAGGCAGCACACAGCUCAGAUUCAUGUCUUGAGCCAAACAAGUGAAUAUAUCUGAGAAGACUCAAUACCACAUGGUAUUGGGAGAUCUUACUCACUUUGGCUGGUGUUGGUCAUUACUGAAUGUAUGACAGCAGGAUGUGACGGGAUGCCCAGGAGUCAGUGUUAGCAUUGUCAUCUGAGAUCACUGCUAUUAAUAUCAUCCAUUAAUUUAUUAGUGAGCUUCACUAUAUGCAGACUGGGAGAUAAGGAGAAAAUCUGUCACAUUCUGUCUAGUUAAUCAGAUCAGCUACCAAUUAAUGAGAUUCUGAAUUAAAUAUCAAUAUAUGUUUUUCUAAUUUGGACCUAGGACAGAGCUGUUGCUUGUCAUAGAGAAAGACAAUAAUGCUUAAACAUAGCACAUUAUAAUUAAAGCAGUUACUCACAUACUUUUCAUUUUAUCCUUUGGACAAUUUUGUGAGGAACGCUGGGCACUAACUUCCCUUUCAUAGAUAAAAUCCCUAUGCUAUUGAUGAAAGUGUUUUUGAAUGAAGUCAUACAACAAAUAACUGAUCAAAGUGGCAUUAAACCAAAAUCUUUUAGUAGGACUCCUGCAUAGAACGUUUAGAUAGACGUGGAAGUUGUUAAGAGGAACGGCAAGAGAGAAACUGGUUCUUUGGAAGUCUUUCAUGCUACAUUAUGUCUCCAUCAGAGUAAGACAGCUUAGGCACUCCUAAGAGGAAAGGUCUGUGGAGAUGACACCUGAAGAUUGCAUGAAUCCGAAUUCUACACUUCCAAAUCAAAUAGGUAAAAGGGUAGUAUACAUCACAGAAAAAGCUUGCUGUCUCCAACUUGAAAAGCAAAUGAGUAGGAGUUUGUCACACUGCCAUGUACCAGACUGGAAAUGCAUUUCCUACCAGUUAUACAUUUGGUGUGGGGGAAUGGUGAUGUCAUUUUUUGACAGCAUUUUAUUUGUGUGCGUGCGUUCUGCUCCAAGUGUCACAAUUCUGGUUACAAUAAUUAUAAUAUUUGGAGUUACUACUAAGACUUUCCUGAAAGAGGUGUACUGUACCAAAUUUUGUAACGUAAAAAAAAUAAUGAUCUUAAAGCUUACUAAAUUGUGAAAAGGAUAUGUGCUAACAUCUCAGAACUUUAGGCCUGCUUAUUGUCAUCUUUACCGAUCUCUGAUGAUAAAUGCAGAAGGGAUCUGAGAGUUUUUAAAGCAAGUAGAGUCAAUCAGUGUUUUGAACAUUAUAGUAAUACUUCUGUGAUUCAGAGUUAGAUCAUAUAAAUCAAAGUAACAAUUUGGAUUUUUUUUAAACAACAGUAUCAUAACUGUCAUAAAACAGAUGGUCCAACCCCAGGAGCAGACAAUAACUUGGGCAGCUCUGUGGGGAAUAAGAUGGGGAAAACAACUGUUCUAACUGCCCACUAGAACAGUGGUUUCAACUACUACAAUUCUCAGUGUUUGAGAGGUACAAGGGAAGAAAGGACUGUGUGGAUCCCUUGUGGCUAUGCAGAUACCUACCUCACAGAGUUGUUGUAGAAGACUGGUGGUUUGGUUCAAACCUUGUGAUUAAAGAGUUUGUCAAGCAUUUUAUUCUUUUGAAUAAAAGCAACAUAUAUAAAA